AUGGGAUCCAAGUUCUUGAAGCCAGGCAAAGUUGCUAUCAUCGUCCGCGGCAGAUACGCCGGUAAGAAGGUCGUCAUCAUCAAGUCUCAAGAUGAUGGCUCGAAGUCUCAUCCUUUUGGAUAUGCCCUUGUUGCUGGUAUUGAGAAGCACCCCCAGAAGGUCAACAAGUCUCACAACGAGAAGCAGGCUGCCAAGAGAAACGAGAUCAAGCCUUUUAUUAAGCUUGUCAAUUACAACCAUAUCAUGCCCACUCGUUACACUUUUGAGCUUGACAACUUGAAGACUGUCAUCAGCGAGGAGACCUUUGAUGAGGGUGCUUCUCAACGUGAGGAGGCCAAGACUACCAUCAAGAAGGCCUUCGAGGAGAAGCACCAGGCUGGCAAGAACACCUGGUUCUUCACCCAGCUCCGCUUCUAA